AUGGCCGCUCGUAUUGCAGUUGACCUUUGGGUUGGAAUCCACAUGAAGAGCCGAUAUCUGUUGGAUCCAAUGAUGAUAUCCAAGUGCCGAGACCGUAGCAAUCUGAUUCAGAGGCCAAGAGAAGCGAAGCAAGGAGGUGGUGUUUCACUAGCCAUCCGCUCGCGAAUCAACUCGCGUCAAGUCUUUCCGCCCGAUUAUUCAGCAAUCGAACAACUCUGGAUUAAAGCUGCGCUGUUCGGAGCGAACACUUUCAUCGGUGUUAUCUAUCUUCCUCCAGAUCGUGUUAACAAUGUUGAUGUCAUCGAAAAGCUUAUCAAAUCGCUCGACUGGAUCGUAUCUCAGCUGCAUGCCAAGGAUAACAUCAUCAUUAUAGGCGACUUCAAUCUUCGCAGCAUUACUUGGCAGCUCAACACUAACGGAUUUCUCUAUCCGAAUGCGACUCGCUCUAGUAACAGUGUUACAUCCAGCUGUUUGUUAGACGCAUUUAGUACAGCUUGUUUGGGACAGCUGAACAGGAUAUUCAACGAAAAUGGCCGUUUGUUAGAUCUCUGUUUUGUAAGCAAGGAAGUGACUAAUAUUAGCUUGACACAUGCACCAUGUCCGUUGGUCAAAGAUUGUAGACACCACCCGCCUUUGCUAUUAUCUAUGCAUUAUGAAGCUCGAAGUCCAAUCAUUAGUGCUAGUCCCAAUAGUAUAUUUUAUAAUUUUAGUAAAGCUGACUACACCGCUAUGAAUGCCUUUCUCACAUCUGUUCCUUGGAAUGAAUUAAUCCGUGAUCGUGACGUCAACCUGGCUGCUUCCACUGUUUGCAAUGUUUUACUAUAUGCAAUUGAUCAGUUUGUUCCAAAGCGAAUAAGAAAACGGCCUGCUUACCCUGCCUGGUCAACUCGUUGCCUAAAACGUCUAAAAAAGUUGAAAAAGAAGGCAUUGAAAAAAUUCAGCUUAUUGAAAACUGCAACAUCGAAAGCCCUGUACCUUGAAGCCAAUAGGAAGUACAAAAGAUUAAAUAAGCGUCUUUUUCAUAUUCAUCUAAAUCGCUUGCAACGGUCACUCAAAUCUAAACCAAAAGGAUUCUGGCGUUAUGUUAACGAUCAACGAAAAGAGUCUGGUCUUCCUACAUCCAUGUAUCACGGAGACAUAGAGGCGUCGACAAUAGAUCAAAUAGCAUCGCUCUUUCGUGAACAGUUCAGCAGUGUUUUCCUUGAUACUCCAGCCAGCCCGCUUGUUAUCACAGAAGCAGCUGAGAAUGUGCCAUCCUUACCUGGCGUUGGCCCCCAUUACUCGAUCACAAGUGAUAUCGUUAUAGCAGCAGCAAAACGUUUGAAAUGUUCUUCGAAUGCCGGCCCCGAUGGAAUUCCAGCCGUUACGCUAAAGAACUGCAUCAAUGCUAUUGCAUCUCCACUUGCAUCAAUAUUUGACUGCUCAUUGGCUACUGGUGUUUUUCCUAGCUGCUGGAAAAAUUCUUACGUUUUUCCGGUUCACAAGAAGGGAUGCAAGCGAUCCGUAUCCAACUACCGAGGAAUUGCCGCUUUAAAUGCUCGCCAUAUAUCUCGCCAGAUCAACAUGAAACCCAAAGCGAUCGACUACCACCAACCUUGUGGCAUUCACUUCUUUUGUCAUUCGCCAUAUAGAGAAAGGCUCGCAAGUAGACGCCAUCUAUACUGA